AGUAUAAAUUGCUGCUCUUGCCGUUUAAGCAACACACCGCUCAGCUGUAGCGCCCUGUGGUCCACGCGCAGCGUCCUUCAGCCAUCAACAAUGAGAGCUAUUCUAGUAUUGCUGGUUGCAGUUCUGGCUAUGAUUUCUGCUGCUCCAGCCCCAGUUCCUGCGCCAGUGCCAGGGCCCAAACCAAGUCUGGUGCCUCUUGUUUACAGCUACCCGUCUGCGCUCACCUACAGCGCAUAUACAUCACCUUACUAUACAAGCUAUGUUGCACCAUACUCAUAUGGCUACUCAAACUUAGGGUAUGCAUAUUCAUAUCCGUAUCUACUUGUGUGAAAUGACAAUGGCACAAGAAUGUAUACUGAUAACACCGAGUCUGGUCAACAAGUAAGCCCAAGCAACACUCAUCAACUUAUGCUUUUCAUAAUCUAAUGUUAUAUAUGUACAUUGUAUCAUUUUUCUAACAAUAAAUUACUAAGAAAUUACAAA